AUGAUCAUGAUCAUGAUGAUGAAAGAGAAUCAAGGGCUAAUAGCUUGGGAGAGAGAAUGGAAAAUGCGAGAGGUGACCAAUGACAGUAUGUCCCCGCCGCGAGCGAUGACCCUGCGCGCUGGCAGGGGCGGAGCAGCAGCCGCGGCGGCGGCCCCACCACCCACGAUGCCAUACUGUAUAGAAAACUCCACGCUUAUUAGGCUAUGUCUACAAUUUCUAUGGGUGAUAUCUCACAUAUAUCAAAACGCCUCCAUACCGCGGGUGCGCGCGAACUUAAAUUUUUUAAAGCGUCCGCUAGUUAAAUUAAAAGCUAACGAAUUUAGCUUUCGAACUAGGACAGUGUUAUGUGAUGUUAAGUCGUUGUUAGUGAAAACUUUAGUGCAAUUAUUCGUUGUUGCCAAGUGGGUUGUGCGGGGGUGGAGCGGGCGGCGGGGGACGGGGCGGGCGCGGGCGCUGCUGCUGCUGUGGCUGGCCGGCUGCGGGUCGUCCAGCGAGGGCCGCCGCGACAACGACCUGCACAUCGGCGGCAUCUUCCCCAUGGAAGGCGAGGGCGGCUGGCAGGGCGGCCAGGCCUGCAAGCCCGCCGCCGAGCUCGCCCUCGCCGACGUCAACGCGAGAUCAGAUUUAUUAUCCGGCUUCAAAUUACUGCUGCACAGCAAUGAUAGCAAGUGCGAGCCGGGCCUGGGGGCGAGCGUUAUGUACAACCUGUUGUACAACCCACCGCAGAAGUUGCUGCUGCUAGCCGGCUGCUCUACCGUCUGUACCACGGUGGCCGAAGCUGCCAAAAUGUGGAAUCUUAUGGUUUUAUGCUACGGGGCUUCGUCACCAGCUCUAUCGGACAGGGCGCGGUUUCCCACGCUGUUCCGAACCCACCCUUCGGCCACGGUCCACAACCCCACGAGGAUCAAACUAAUGCAGAAGUUCGGGUGGUCACGCAUCGCCAUCUUGCAGCAGGCUGAAGAGGUCUUUAUAUCUACCGUCGAAGAUCUAGAAGCGCACUGCAAGAAAGCGAGCAUAGAGAUCGUGACGAGGCAGUCGUUUCUCUCCGACCCGGCUGAUGCUGUGAGGAACCUCAGAAGGCAGGAUGCGAGGGUCAUCGUGGGGCUGUUCUACGUGGUGGCAGCCAGGAGGGUGCUCUGCGAGGUGUACAAGCAUCGCCUGUAUGGGAAAUCUUACGUCUGGUUCUUUAUAGGUUGGUACGAGGACAACUGGUUCGAAACGAACCUCGAGCGAGAGGGGAUUGAGUGCACAGUGGAGCAGAUGCGAGAAGCAGCCGAGGGCCAUUUGACCACCGAAGCUCUCAUGUGGAACCAAAACGCCAAUCAGACCACCAUCUCCGGGAUGACCUCUGAAGAUUUCAGAUCACGACUGAACGAGGCGCUCCGAGAGGCGGGCUACGACAUCGACGGCGAGCGGUACCCCGAGGGCUACCAGGAGGCGCCCCUGGCGUAUGACGCAGUGUGGGCCGUAGCUUUAGCGUUCAACAAGACAAUGGAGAAGCUGGAGAAAAGUGGGUUGAGUUUGAAAAAUUUCACUUACACCAACAAGAAGAUUGCGGACGACAUCUACGAGGCAAUAAAUUCUACAUCAUUCCUCGGUGUAUCGGGUUUAGUAGCGUUCUCGUCGCAAGGCGACCGGAUCGCGCUGACGCAAAUCGAGCAGUUGGCUGACAACCACUAUGUGAAGCUGGGCUACUAUGACACGCAGGCAGAUAACCUCACAUGGCUCGACAGGGAACGAUGGGUUGGUGGGAAAGUACCUCCUGAUCGGACGGUUGUGGUGAAUGAACUGAGGACGGUCUCAUUGCCGUUGUUUGCGUGUAUGACAGCGCUGUGCAUCGCGGGUAUACUCGCCGCCAUUGCACUAAUAGUCUUCAAUAUCUUGCACCGACACAGGAGGGUAAUCCAAUGGUCUCAUCCCGCGUGCAACACGGUGAUGCUAUGCGGGUGCUGCAUUUGUUUGGGUGCAGCAGUGGCCCUAGGCGUCGACGGCCGCUGGGUGCAGCCACAACAUUUUGCGGGGCUCUGUGCGGCUCGGGCUUGGUUGCUGGCCACCGGCUUCUCCAUGGCAUAUGGGGCCAUGUUCACCAAGGUCUGGCGGGUGCACAGACACACUACCAAACCUAAACCGGACACUAAGAAGAAACGUAUGCACGGUUGGAAAUUAUACACAAUGGUGGGAGGUCUACUGGUAGUGGAUGCGGCUUUGUUGACUGCUUGGCAGCUAAGAGACCCUCUGCAGAGGAGGGUUGAGAUAUUCCCUCUUGAAGCCCCAAGGCACCACGAUGAUGAUGUUCACAUAAGGCCGGAGCUGGAACACUGUGAAAGUGAACACAACACUGUAUGGCUUGGGGUGAUGUAUGGGUAUAAGGGGUUGGUGUUGGUGUUUGGGUUGUUUUUGGCGUACGAGACGAGGUCGGUGAAGGUGCGUCAGAUCAACGACUCGCGUUACGUGGGGAUGAGCAUUUACAACGUGGUGGUGCUGUGCUUGAUCACUGCGCCGGUGACGCUGGUGAUCGCGAGCCAGCAAGACGCGGCGUUCGCGUUCGUCUCGCUGGCGAUCGUCUUUUGCUGUUUCUUGAGCAUGGCCUUGAUAUUUAUUCCUAAGGUGAUCGAGGUGAUCCGGCACCCCACGGAGCGCGCCGAGUCCGGCCGCGGCUCGGGCUCGGGCUCCGCCCCAGCCGAUGAAGAACGCUACAGGGAGCUCGUGAAAGAAAACGAAGAGCUGCAGAAACUCAUCGCGCAGAAAGAGGAGCGCAUUCGGGUGCUGAAGCAGAAGCUAGCGGAACGCGAAGCGGCGGCCGCGGACGGCGUCACGCAAGAUGUACAAGACGAACACAUCUGAUCGCCCGCAAGGGAAUCUUCAAUGUUAGCUUGAAUAAGAAUAGUGAUAUUAUUUAUUAUCUAUACAACUCAAACGAACGCUGUAGAAAAUUCCUUUGUAAUUAUAAGAAAAUAAAGUGUUCUUACAUAGUUAGAUGAUAUGACAUUAAGUGAUUAAAAGUGCGAAAAGAUAGAAGCAUUAGUUUCACAAGUUUGUCCAGUAGCCGCCAAGGAGGAAGCUGCGUAACUAGAAGCUGUUUGAAUCAUAAUUUUGAUGGACUUUUACUAAAACAGGAACCCAAGUGAGUGUAAGUCUUUAGAAUUGGUACGUUGAAAUGUUCCGUUGUUACAUUUUAUCAUAGUUUUAUCGUUAUGUUACGAUGAAAUCAAAAUUUUAAUGUUAUUGUAAUAAUAAUAGGUGUAUAAAAUAUGAAACACUUGAAAGACUAUGUAUUACUUUAAUGUAGAUAUUUA